AGCAAUUUCAUGAGAACACGCGACACUCAGAGUACUCGUUAUUUUCAAAACCAUGGCUGAUCUUCGUUGACCAAUCACAGUUGGAGUUUUAUAAGUGCAAAUUAGUCUCGCACGCUACAGAAUGAUCGGGUGUAAAGCAUUCGGCCGCCCAAACUCUGCAAAAUUCUCGGCUGGAUUUUUCUGCUUUUCGCCCGACCAUACAACAGUUGUGUGAACUGAAGAGUGGAUAUAUAAAGAUGGACUUCGAUGCUUUUUACUGGACUUUCAGUUUCAUGUUAGUGUAGUUGGAAAUGCAAAUAUUUUAGUUGUAAAAUUAUAAAUCAUUGAAAAUGAAUGAAGAGGAUUCAAUGAUGAGUUUGUUUGAUAGUGAUACAAACUUGUUGGAUGAGAUUACUGGUCUAAAUUCUGGAUUCGCUUCAACGCCAAAUCUGGGACCAGAUUUGGGAGCGCAGGGAAUUGAUCAGUUGAUACCGCCGGUUUCUCAGCAGCCUCUACCACCACAGCAGCAUUUGCAACAACAGUCAUUCAUACCAAUGCAGUCUGGAGCAUUACCUCAUCAAAGUAUACAGCAGCAGCCAGCUCAACAGCAGCAGCAGCAACAACAACAGCAGCAGCAGCAGCGACUUCAUCACCUUGACGAUUUUAACUUUGGUGCCUCUUCUCAACCAUCGCAGAAGUUGCACCACAUCUCAAAUCCUGCAUACAUGCAAAACUUGAAUCCAGAUAUCAACAAUUCUUCAGCACAGUUGGAUCAUUCUCAAGCACAGUAUCCGCCGUCAAGUGAGGGAUUCACACAAAGUUUUCAAGGAAAUCAACCGGUUUCUGGCAUUAUGAAUGACUUCAACCCCAUGUGGUCACAACAAAAUUCAGAAAAUGCUAAUGCAAUGAAUGCUAAUAACCCCCCACCAUAUAUUCAAGAACAAUCCAAUCCAAAUUAUCAAGUCCCACCUUAUUUAACUCAUCAUGGACAUGAUUAUGCAUUACCAUCCAAUCAGGUUCAAGUUCAACAACGCCCACAACAGGUGCAAGUGCAACAACAGCAGCAGCAACAACAACAACAGCAGCAGCAGCAACAGCAAUAUAUCCAACCUUUUGUGAAGCCUAAUCAGGGAAAUGGUUACAUAUCAUCAUCAAUUCGCUUAACUCGUGUGGGGCAAUCACCUGCUACUACUCGUCCUACUCGCCCAGUGCUGGCUUUCCAAUCACCAUCUCAUUCUCAGGGCAUACAAAUGAGUACAAACAGAUUGCCUGCCCCGAUACAACCUAGGCUGCCUAAUCAAGUUCAACAAAGUUCCCGACCACCAUACCCUGCUAUGCAUAGCAAUGUUAACCAAGUGCCAGCCCAACGAACACCCCUUCAAGCAAUGACUCCACAAUCCAACCAACAAAAUGUAACGUUCAGCCAGCGGGUUAAUACUCAGUCACCUCGUGUCCAACCUCAAAUAUCUGUUCAGAGUGCAGGUCAGGGCCAGCCUAACAUGAUUACGAUUAAACUGCAGCCACAGUUCAGACAGUUUACCCCGUCGGGACAGAGACCAGUCAUGCAUCCUGUUGCAGGUGAGAAUACAAAUCAACGCAUGCCUCAUUUCACUGCUAACCCUCACCAGUCACAACGUCAACCAGAACCACAAUUCAUGCAAGGUUUCACACCAUCACCUACUAACCUGCCACAGCGGAGCAUGGUACCCCGUUCCUUGCCUCCGCCAACAUCAGCAGCACAUUCUAUGCCUUCUGCUGGCAACAAUACAUCUCAGGGAAACUUCAUAAACUUAUCUUCUAAUCUGCAGUUAGAGAAUUUAGUGCCUCCUGUAAGUAUAAAUAUAAGCAAUAACUCAAAUACUGAAACGCUGGGUAAUCCAUUUGAUAUUCCCAUGUCAAGUGGUCCCAUUGGACAGACAUCCCAUAUGCAACAACAACAACAAAGUGCCUCUACACCUUUCUCUACACCUGGCCAUACAGUGACUACCACCAGUGCUGCCAACCCGAGUAUUACUCCAAGAAGUACUGCCAAUGUAUCAGUCAUGCAUAUCAACACUCAGGGGCAGAACCCACAGUUUGUCAACAAAGUUCAGAACCAAGCAUCAGCUCAACAAGUUUCUAUACUUCCUCAGCAAGAAUUAUUCGUUCCUGUUUCUACGUCAUCUGGGCAAGCGCAGCCAAAUGCAAAUAUUGGAAACGAUCCGGACAGUCGCAUGGUAAGACAAAGACAAGCACAGGAAAAAGCAAAUCGGAUAUGUGCAGAAGCUAUGGCUAAAGCACAAGCAGCUGGAUUGCAAACAGUACCACGUGUUGUGCAUACACCUGAAUUGCCAACAGAUAUUACAGAGGAGAAGCCCAUGUCCAAAUCUAAAGAAAUCAAAAAAGAAGCUUCAAAGCCUAAAACAAAGAAAACUGUCAUAAAAAAGAAAAUUAUCAGAAGACCUCCUCCAAGACCAAUUGCUAUAAAGAAGUUCAGUUUGAAAAAAAGAGUAGGUGGUGAAGGCGAUUCAAGUGAUAAUGGGUCUGAUCUAGAUGAAACACCGCCCCCUUCUCCAGAAGAUAUAGAUGGACUAAGUUUGAAAAGGCGAUCAUCUAGAAACACUGGAAAUAAAAGAAAACGUUACACUGAAGAUUUUGAUUACAAUAUAUCAGACGAAGAAGAUAAAGACGUGGAUGUGGAAGGACUUGGAGGAGAUAAUAAUAAUGGUGCUACAUUUUUCCAACCUGCUAAAUUCUUUGUGGAAAAUCCAGAUGAAUCAGAAUCUUUCAUUGUUGAUAAAAUUUUAUCAUGUAGACAAAGGUUAAAGGAACAGAUUCCAGGAGAAGCACAAGUCGGACAUGUCGAAGAAUUCUUUGUAAAAUAUAAAAACUUUUCAUACUUGCAUUGUGAGUGGGCAACUGUGGACAAACUUCAACGAGACAAGAGAAUUCAUAUGAAGAUCAAGAGAUUCAAAGCUAAGCAGUUUAAUAUCUUUCAAGAUUGGGAUGAUGAGCCAUUCAACCCUGAUUACGUAACUACAGAUAGAGUAUUGGAUAUAACUGAAAGCGAGGAUCCUUACACAGGGCAAACUGUUGUACAUUGCCUCGUGAAAUGGUCUUCGCUGCCGUAUGAAGACAGUACAUGGGAGCUGAAAGAUGACGUAGAGUAUGAUAAGAUACUAAGAUACUAUGAAAUCAAUAAAAUACCUGAACCUGAAGAAAGACUACGUGUUGAAAGACCUGGAGCUGAUGAAUGGGAGAAACUUCCAAAAACUAAAACUUAUAAAGAGGGUAAUUAUUUACGUGAAUAUCAGUUGGAGGGUGUCAACUGGUUGACAUUUAGCUGGUAUAAUGGACAAAACUGUAUUUUAGCUGAUGAGAUGGGUUUGGGUAAAACCAUCCAGUCGAUAGCUUUCUUAUUGGAGGUAUGGGAAUAUGGAAUUAAAGGGCCGUUCCUGAUUAUAGCGCCAUUAUCAACCAUAGCGAACUGGCAAAGAGAGUUUGAAACCUGGAGUAAUGUUAACUGUGUAGUACAUCAUGGCAGUGCAACAAGUAGAAGAAUGAUUCAAGAGUAUGAAAUGUACUUUAAUAAUGAAAAGGGUCAAAGGAUUCCUAAUAUAUAUAAAUUCCAAGUGCUGGUGACAACAUAUGAAAUUAUUUUGGCUGAUAAUGAUCUGCUUAGUCAAAUUGAAUGGAGAUGCGUUGUUAUUGAUGAAGCUCACAGAUUAAAGAAUAAAAAUUGUAAACUUUUAGAAGGACUCAGAUUGUUGAAUUUUGAACACAGAGUACUUCUUACGGGUACGCCUCUACAAAAUAAUGUGGAAGAGCUUUUUAGUUUACUUAACUUCUUGGAACCAGAUCGUUUUGGUUCUCUAUCAGCAUUCCUUCAGGAGUUUGGUGACUUGAAGACUGAAAGUCAAGUGGAAAAACUGCAACAGGUAGAUUUUUUUUAUGUAUACAUGUAG